CUUGGGAAUGAAUUGACUGGUGAUCGGAUGUUGGUGUCUGCAACGCAUGACAGAUUUGAAGAUUGAAAUUUUGACACAAUUGAAGAUUUAUAAGAUGAUCAAGAAAUAACUAAUGGAGAUGGAAAAAAAUACAAGCAUUUCAUUAAAGGAUACGAUAGGAAAUAAAGGAAAUAAAGAUAAUGGUUUGGGGGAAGACAAAACGAAUAGAAACAAUUCACCUGAAAGUAGAGUCCUAAUAAAAGAAGAACCAAAAGAAGUUUUCUCUGAGCAGGCAAAUAAUGGUAGUGAGAUUGAUUUUAGUAUGAAUUUUGCGCUCAAUAAUCAUUCAGAAGACUCUGAGUUGAUAUUGAAUGUGAUGCAUGUAGACAGCAGUGACCUGCAAGUGAUUGAAGACCUUGAUACAGAAAAUGUUACAAGAAAUGAUUACCGCCAAAAAAAUGCAGAAAUACCUCAAAAUGCUAGCAACGAAGCUAAAAUAGCUGAGCAGCAAGUCGUAAACAAAAACUUCAUCUGUAACUUGUGCAAUUUGCACGUGGAAUCGGAUGCGUUCUAUGAUCAUCUUAAAACACAUUGCAGUGAAAAGUCUUGCGUGUGUCCACUUUGUCAAAAGACGUUUAAAACGAAAAGGUCUCUCCUCAAACACGUUCAAAAUCAUGUGAAAAAUUAUAAGUUUGCAGUCAAUGCCACUAACGAGUCAGAAAGUGAUAGCAAUGAAAUAGAAGAGGAUGAAGAAUUUAUCCUUGCCGGUUUGAAGUCAACGGACAGAAGGCAAUGUAGGUACUGCAACAAGGUAUUUAGACGCAGGGGCCACCUUGAGUGUCAUGAACGUAUCCAUACAGGUGAUAAACCAUACAAGUGUAUACACUGUGAUAAAGCAUUUGCAAGAAAGGAUGGACUUCGCUUGCAUGAACAUGUCCAUUCAGGUGUCAGACCAUACAAAUGCAAACAAUGUGACAAAGCAUUUCCAAGACAAAGUUCACUAACGGAACAUGAACGUAUUCAUACAGGGUUAAGGACGUAUAAAUGUAAACAGUGUAACAAGGCAUUUUUAACUGAUUCCCAUAUGCGAAUACAUGAACGUACACAUACCGGGGRAAAACCUUACAACUGUGCACGAUGCAACAUGUCAUUUGCACGAAAAACUGAUUUAAAGAGACAUGAAGUUAGUCACACAGGAGCCAAACCAUACAGAUGUAUCUACUGUGAUAAAUGUUUUACUCGACAAAAUGAUGUAAAGAGACAUGAGCUGAUUCAUACAGGUGCCGAUAAACCAUACAAGUGUGAUGACUGCGGCAAUGCAUUUACAGAUGAUGCUAACCUCAAGAGCCAUGAAUGUGGUGCUACAACUAUCAAACCCCACAGUUGUAAACACUGUAAUAGGGGAUUUACACGGCGUAGUGAUCUAAAAAGACAUGAACAGACUCAUGCGGGGAUCAAACCGUUCAAAUGCAAGUACUGUGAUAAGGCAUUCACUCGGCAAAAUGAUGUAAAAAGACAUGAAAUUAUCCAUUCAGGGUUUAAACCUUACAAAUGUAAGUACUGUGACAAGGCCUACACUCGACGUAGCUAUGUCAUGGAACAUGAAAGUGUUCACACAGAAGUCGACUCAUGAAAAACAUUAUUCGCGAUAUUAUUCGGAAUAUCAUCGGCAUUCGGGUUAUAUUCGUGAAGCCUUCAGUGUACGUGAUGUCAUAAUUAUUCAUAAUUUCGCCAGUAUUUUAGGUGCCAUCAGUAUUCGUGAUGUCAUCAGUAUUUAUGAUGUCAUCAGUGUUCAUGAUGUCGCAUAUUUGUAAUCAUCAAUUUUCGAUCCCUGCCGUCAAAGCCCCCCUUUAAUCUCUCCACUGAGUGAGAGAAAAAAGGAAAACUUCGCAGAAGUUGUGUWGUGUUUUAUUUAAGCAAGUAAGGCGGUUACUAAGGGACUACCUCUUAACUAAACCCAAUCCUAGCUUAUCCACUUUUAUUAACGGUUGAGUUGUUUCUACCAAUUAAGAAAUGUUUUACAGCUACAUCCCUAGAUAAAAGUUCUUUGUAGACUCUAUUAUUGCACAAAUGAAGGCAAGUGAAUCAUUCUACCAUAAUACGUGGGUAUUUUGACAAAAAAAACAAAAGUUUUUCCAGUAAGCUUGGUCGAGUGGUYAAAGCGUCCGUCUCACGAUCCGGUUCGAGUCCCGCUGUGUAGCUGAGACUCUAUCUGUCCUGAUUUCUGAUUCAAAUUCAGUUUCUCGACCAUGCUUGUUAAAAGCCAGGCGCGUAGCGGGGGGAGGGGCCAGGGGGCCUGGGCCCCCCAAUAAUUUCACAAGUUUUUUUUUUUAAAGUAAACGUCCAGCUAAAUUUCAAACACUAUUAUCUUAAAAUUGAUAGAGGCGACUCAUUUUUCCAAAAAAAGUUCACAUAGUUGGCAUUUUUGUAAAUGUUGAAAACUCAAAACAARACAUGCGGAAAAGUACAUACUUGAAAGAAACCAUUCAAAUGCUUCAYAUAAUUUGCAUUUAGGCCCUGGCUAAACGAGGAAACAUGUUUCCCACGCGCAUGUUCCCCGAUGAUUCCAAGUUUAGCCWUGUGCGAAACAUUGCUGCGUGCAACAAAUUUUGCUUCCAAGACGCAAAAAUGUUUCUGCUGUGCGGCAGAAACAUUUCAUGCUUCCAAGACGCAUGAAAACAAUGUUUCCCAAUGUUUAGACACGAAAGUCGAUAUUCUAAAAGUUCGUUAAUUAGCCACGCUAGGUCUAUCUUGAAAGUGCGCAUGCGCUAACCGAUAUUGAGCAAACAUGUUUCCCGAUGUUUCCUGACAGUUUUGCCACCUUUGGGAAAAUUUAAGGAAACAUGUUUCCUCGUUUAGCCAGGGCCUUGGAAAUUCUUGUCUGAACAUUUUCGAUUUCAUUCUCGGCUUCUUUUAUUAAAUCAACUCAGACUUAAUUAAAGGUAACUCGUUCUUUUUAUUCAAAGUCAGCUGCGUGCUUCAUAUACAUAUGUUGAAUUUCUAUUUUUUGCUUGUACAUACACUGACGUGAUAUUAUUGAAUAGAUGUUCGAUGUUGAAGGUCUUUUGCCCAUAAAAUAAAGAAUUUUAAUUAUUAAUUAUGUUGUUUUGUAAAUUUGAUAAAAGUUGAUACCGUCAUAUGGGGCGUGGCAAAACGAGCCCCCCAAAUACUYUUACCCCUGCUACGGGCCUGAAAGCCAACUGGUUUGCCUACUUGCCAGUUGGUAUUCUUAACACAAUUUGUUUCUUUGAUUAUUUCUUCAUUUCAGUUUAUCAAUUUGUAAACUACCAGUAAGCUAAGUGUACUUUCCACGUUAAAUAAAUAAGGUUAAUUCAGCGGUUUAAAAUUGUKACUUUUAUAGACUACAGCGCAUGCUCUUCCUGAAAAUUUUAUCUUGUCAUUUCAGACAGACUUGUGCAAACUGUAAUAUUUUCCUCGGAAACGACGAAUUUAAGUGAAGGACAUAAAUAAUCGAAUAAAUAUUAUGUAUGGUCGAUUUGAGUUGUAUUUUGAAUGAGUGAAUAAAGGAAAGAAAAACGCGAA